GUUGCAGGAUCUGCUGCCAAUCUGCCAUCACAGUCUGCGCGCAGACUCUGUUCUGUUCCUGCCACCAAAUUUGCAACAGGUUAUGUUAGCAGGAUCUGCUCGGUUUCUGACGCCAAUCUGCUUUAGCAGGGUUUGUUACAUUUCUGCCGCCAAUCUGCUGCAAUAACUGUAUUUAACAGAUCCUGCAUCGAAUCUGUAGCCAUUCUGCUUACAAAACCAUGUAACAGGAAUCCGACAGAAUCUGCUAUGCGCAGGUUUGGCUAUCAGGGUAUAUUAGAAACGAAAUGUCAUUAGCUUCUAAAAUUGAAUUUAAGAAACUGUGCAAUGUCUUUAAAGAAACUGAAAAAGCAUCCAGCGCUAAGAAGGUUGAGGUGUUAGAGAAAUUUAUCCAACAAUGUCGUAAUAUCAGCCUCAAAUUAAAAGCGGAAUCUCCAGACAUGGAUGUUUCACUCUAUCCUGUAAUGAGAUUAAUCUUGCCUCAUCUUGAACGUGAACGAGGACCACACAAUUUAAAGGAAAAAUCACUUGCCAGUCUUUACAUUCGCGUGUUUUGUUUGGGUAAAAAUAGCAAGCAUGCAAAGAAACUUCUGCAAUACAAAGCACCAACAAGGAAGAAGAUUGCUGGAUGUGAUUUUGCAGGAAAAGCUUAUUAUAUUUUACAAAAUCAUUUACUACGUAACAGUUCUAAUUUCACAAUAGAAUAUAUUAAUGAAUUUCUUGAUAAUAUAUCAGGUGAAAGUAUUCAACAUAAGGAUGAAAUAUUUAAGAUGUUAUUGGCAAAAAUAAACCCAUUAGAAUUUAAAUGGAUAACACGAAUUAUUCUAAAAGAUUUAAAACUUGGUAUUGGGACAAAGAAAAUAUUACAAGUCUUUCAUCCUGAUGCAAAUAGAUCGUUUGAAGUAUCAUCUAAUUUGCAUCAAGUUUGUGAUACAUUAUAUGAUCGUCAAUUGAGAUAUCAUCAUAAUAUUAAAGUUUUCUUUCAUUUCAAACCUAUGCUGUUGGAAAGAUGUCACAUUGAAGAUGUAGAGAAACUUUUUGAUUCAAAUAAGGAGUAUUUUAUACAAGUUAAAUAUGAUGGUGAACGAUCUCAAAUGCAUAUGAAAGAUGGCAAAUAUAAAUAUUUUACAAGACAAGGAUAUGAUAUCACAGAUAAUCCUAGUUAUGGGGAAACUAGUUCUUUAGGCUUCAUGAGUGGUGUAUUUAGUCGACUAUUAAAUCCAGAAUGCAAAUCAAUCAUUCUUGAUGGUGAAUUGAUGGGUUGGCAUAAAGAAAGGAAAUCGUUUGGUUCAAAAGGAAUGAGUUUUGAUGUUAAGAAGCUUUCAGAAAAUAGUCAUCAUCAGCCAUGUUUUGUUGCUUUUGAUAUUAUCAUGUAUAAUGAUACUUUACUUGAUAAUGAACCUUAUGCAAAAAGAUUACAGAUUUUAAAAGAUGCAUUUAAAGAGGAAAAAGGAUGUCUAAUGUUGUGUAAAUCCACUAAAAUUUCUAACAGUGAGGAAUUACGUAAAAUAUUUAAUGAAAGUAUUCAAAUCAAAGAAGAAGGGAUUGUAUUAAAAGAAUGUAACAGUAAAUAUAAACCAAAUGUGCGCGAUGGUAAUGGUUGUUAUAAAAUAAAAGCUGAGUACUCCGAUAAUUUGGUGCAAGAUGUAGAUUUAAUUAUUCUUGGUGGUUAUUAUGGUGAAGGAAAAUUUAUGGGUUUAAUGAAAAGCUUUUUAAUGGGAGUAGCCUCACCACCAGAAAUUUCUGGUGAGAAUCCUACGAAAUUCUUUUCUGUUGUAUCUGUUAGCAACGGUUUUUCUCUGGAAACAUUGAAAGAACUUUGGAAAAUGUUUGAAGGAAAAUGGCACACAGAACGUCCACAAAAUGUGGUGCCUCCUAGGCUUCAGCCGCCAGAUAAAUGGAUUCGGCCUGUUCAUUCCAUUAUUGUGACAAUACGAGCUACAGAGAUGACUCAAAGUAAUGAUUAUCCAACAGGAUAUAGUUUACGAUUUCCUAGAGUUAUGAAAGUUAGAAUUGAUAAACCAUGGUACAGUGUUUGUACUAAGGACGAACUUUUAUCUUUAAUUAAGGAUACACGACCAAUUCAGAAACUAACAAAACGAGAAGUAAAUUACGAGGACAUAGAAGAAUCCCCUAAACAAAAACGACGCAAAAUAAAAUAUCGUUCACCAAAAAUCGAAAGUAAAACAAUGAAAUUUAGCAAUUAUGACAAUUGUCUUACUCGACUUUUUGAUGAUAAAGAAAUUUAUGUGACAAAUGGAGAUGAUGAAUUACCUAAGGAACGUAUUGAAGAAAUUCUUUUGCAGCAUAAAGCAAAGGUUGUGCAAAGCCCGUCGAAAAAUAACUAUUGUAUUAUUGUUGGCAAUCCUAAAACGUGCAGAGCAAACAAUAUCAUAAAGAGUAAAAGGUAUGAUGUAGUGACAUUAGAUUGGUUCAGACGAGUUACUAAAGAAGAAAAUUGGCCAUCAUUGCAAGACUUUUUACCAUGGGACUUAAUAUCCUGUCGUGAAUCGACAAAGCAACGAUUAGCACAAUAUUAUGAUGAUUAUUACGAUAGCUUUACUGUAAAUGCGAACAAAGAGAGUUUGUCACGUUCGUUUGAAAAAAUUGAAGCAAUGAAGAUAGCCCAUGAACUUGAUUGCGCGCAAAUGAAAGAAAUAGAUGAAGAAUUAUUUGAGGAUGGCAUAUCGCCAUAUUCCAAUUUUCGAGGUAUAGUGGGCUACUUUGAUGAUCCGUCAAAUGGAUCAAAGUUUGAGUUUCAUUUUAUGGGUGGAACGAUUAAAGAAACCCUGGACGAUUCCGUUACACACGUAUUUACUAGUAAAGAUUUCAUAAAUCCUGAACUUGAAAACUUGAUCGAAGAUAAGUCACGGGAAUCAUUAACAGUUGUUAAGAGCGAAUGGAUUGGAAAAUGUUUCCAACAAGGAGCAAUUAUUGCUAAUACGUCGUAUUUAAUUUAGAAAUGAAAUUGUCAAUAGAUUUUUAUUGAUAAGUACAAUAUUAAUUUGUAUAUACAUGCAUGUUCAAUAUCAUCUUUAUGUAUUUAUAUACAUAUAAAUCUAUACGAAUGGGAAGGAAGUUUAUUUUAAAAUAAAUUUAUAAAUUUAA